CUUAUGAGUCAGUCUGGCUAAUCUUCCUUACCACUCUAUGACCAUCAGUUGUGGUUACAAGGGCUGCUCUAAUUUCUCAAAGCAUGUUAUUUUCUUCCUAAUCAUUUUGUUGUUUAGCACUAGAGCAUGCUGUGAGGAUCAUCCACAUGCGCCUAAGAGGAUCAAUUGCUUGGAGAGCGAAAGGAGAGCUCUACUUGCCAUCAAGUCUGACUUGUAUAAAUCUGACUACUGGCUUUCUUCUUGGACCGGUUACGACUGCUGCAAGUGGCGAGGAGUUUCUUGUGACAACACCACCAACCAUGUCAUUAGGCUUGAUCUUCACUACCCACUUGAUCAAUAUCUUGAUCCUCCUAAAAAAAGUAAGGUAAAUCCUUCUUUGUUUGAACUGAAGCAUUUAAAAUAUCUUGACUUAAGCUUGAACAACUUCUCAACCCUGGUGCCUAGUAUGAUUUCCUCGCUUGUCCAUUUGGAACAUCUUAAUCUAUCUUGUGUCAACUUUGAUGGAUUAAUUCCUCAACAAUUGGGCAAUCUUCCUAAUCUACGCUUCCUCGACCUUAGUUGUUACGAUUGCUAUUCUUCACUAUGGUCAAAUAAUCUAAGUUGGCUCUCCCACCUGACUUCUCUGGAAUAUCUAGAUAUGAGUUUUGUCAAUCUCUCUUUAGCAAAUAGCUGGAUUCACCAAAUAAAUUAUAAUAGCCUAAAACAUCUUGCUCUAUCAAAUUGUUUGCUACAAGAUGCAGUAGGAGCUAAUGCAGAUACAAUGAAACUCAAUUCGUUAAGUAAUAUUUCUAUGAAGGUAAAUAGGAAGUUGAAGCAUUUGGAUUUUGCUUGUAAUUCUUUAACAAAAAUUCCAUUUGAUAUGGAAAGUUUUAUCCAUCUGGAGUAUCUAGAUUUAUCUUGGAAUAAUAUAAUUGGAGAGAUACCUUUGAGCAUGAGCAAUGUUAUCCACUUGAUGCAUUUAGAUUUGUCUCGGAAUCAUAUCACUGGAGAGAUACCUCUGAGCAUGGGCAACCUCACUAGCUUAUUAUAUUUGGAUUUGUCAUCUAAUGGAUAUUUUGGACGUAUACCAGAUUUUAUGGGCAACCACUCUAGCUUAUUACUUAUGGAUUUGUCAUCUAAUGAAUUUUCUGGACGCAUACCGGAUGCUUUCUGCAAGCUCAUCUAUUUGGAGGAGUUAUUACUAUUUGAUAAUAAUAUUUCUGGUCAAAUACCAGAAAACAUGGGUAAUCUUCACAACUUAAGGUAUUUUGAUGCAUCAAUGAAUAACUUGAUGGGGCAGAUACCAUUGAGUUUGGGUGAUCUAUGCAACUUGGAAACUCUUGAUUUGUCUUUGAAUAAUAUUGGUGGAGAACUAACAAAUCUACUUGAUGGUUUGUCUAAAUGUCUACAAGGAUCUCAGUUAUGGUACUUUAACAUUCAUGGCAAUAAGUUAAGUGGGUCAAUCCCUUUCAGUCUUGGGCAAUUAUCUCAACUGCGAUUCUUGGAUAUCUCAUGGAAUUUAUUACAGGACAACAUGACUGAGGCUCACUUCUCCAACCUCACUGACUUGAGUGAUUUGGAUAUAUCUUAUAACUCUUUGAAUUUGAUUUUAUCAGAUGAUUGGGUUCCUCCUUUUCAUGCUAAGAAGAUCCAUAUGAGCUAUUGUCAUUUGGGAACUAGAUUUCCUUCCUGGAUUCAAACACAAAGAACUUUGGAAGACUUAUCUUUAUCUGGAGUUGGACUUUAUGGAAAUAUUCCAAGUUGGUUCUCAGAUUUCAUUUUCAAUAAUUCACAAUUUCAACUUGAUAUAAGCUCAAACAAUUUGAAUGGUCAGUUACCUUCUAGUUUAUCCAACAUUAUGGAUCUAUCAAAUAACUCCUUUGAAGGAACAAUUCCAUCAAGCUAUGCAAAAUUUGAAUAUGCUAAGGUAUUAAAGUUGUCCAAUAACCAUAUCCAUGGUAGUUUACCGGCCUUCUUUUGCAAUUUCACUAAUUUAUAUAUGCUACACCUAUCCAACAAUUACUUAUCCGGCGAAGUCCCAAAUUGUCAUGGCUCAUAUCCAAUUAAUUUGAACUCCUUGCACCUGAACAAUAACAAUUUGUCUGGACCAUUUCCAUCUAUCUUAAGGAAUUCUAAAAAAUUAAUUGUUCUUGAUCUUGGCGGGAAUAAAUUUUCUGGUGAAAUACCAAAAUGGGUGGGAAGGAGCUUUCCAUUGCUAAAGAUUCUUCGUUUGAGCUCAAACUUAUUCCAUCAUUCUAUUCCGGCAAAUAUAGGAAAUUUUACUUUCCUCCAAGUUUUGGAUCUUUCAUCCAACAGUCUUAUUGGCAGUAUACCAUCAACUAUUGAAAAUUUAAGUUUUAUGGGUGUGAAACAAAACUACACUCAUAAUCUAUUACGUUUUAGUGGUGACUCUUCUGGUUUUCAUGGAUGUGAAUCUUGUGGCUAUUUUUCUAAUGGUGACAUGGGCUAUAUCCUUGAUGAUAACAUUAAAAUUACUGCAAAAGGGUCAACCAAUGAAUACACUAAAGCGCUUAGUGCGGUGGCAAGCAUAGACUUGUCAAACAAUGAGCUUUCUGGAGAAAUUCCAAAAGAGAUUACGAAGCUGCAUGGAUUGUGCUUCCUCAACUUAUCCAACAAUCAUUUGACAGGAAGGAUUCCAGAAAAUAUUAGUGCCAUAACAGAAUUGGAGUCUCUUGACUUAUCGAUGAACCAUCUUACAGGAGAAAUUCCUUCCAAACUAUCUUCUUUGAACUUUCUCAGUUUCUUGAAUAUCUCCUACAACAACUUGUCAGGAAGAAUCCCAACAGGCGGCCAAUUUUCAACUUUCAAUGACUCUAUCUACGCCGGCAACAAGGGCCUUUGUGGUGUGCCACUACCAGAGUGUCCCGAUGAUGAUGCUAAUCAUUCACCAUCUCAAAUAGGAGAAAAUGAAAAAGUCCAUAAAGGCUACUCUCUUUCAAUUGGCGGACAAGAUGUAUGAUUGGAUAUACGUACAACUCUCGCUGAGGAUUGCAAAGCUGAAUAUGAAGUGGCAAAAAUGAACUUAAGCCCUUGAACUUUCAAGUAGUGAAGAGGGAUUGCUUCCUUUUAUAUAUAGUUGGUCAUAUUUAGUUGUGAAUGCUUUUGUGUAUUAAGAAAGUUGUGGUGUGAAUGUUAUUGUGUAUGAUGAAAGUGCGCUGCGAAAGUUUGAAACUAUAAAAGCUGAAACUCGCAUGGUGUAAUGAUGUUAUUCUAUCA